AUGACGAAGUGGCACUGUCCGCGAGGGGGUGACUCUUGGGCAGCACACAGGACUGGCUGGGCACGUUGGCCGCUUGGGAGGAGGGUUUUGAGUAGAGGAGGGAAGGGGGAUACAAGGGCUUUCCGCAAGAUGGCCAGCUCAAAUGCUCUCAAGAGAUCGUUGGUUGACAUGGAUGAUGGCCUUGCCUCGACGUCCGGUUCUCGCAAGGAAAGGAAAUCAACCGAGGCCACGAAAGCUGGCCUAGAUGAUGAUACCACUCUGGAGUUGGGGCGGGCCAUGGAGCCAGAGGCGGCCGAGAUGGAAGCCAGCUUGAAGGGUGGCGCCCUUCAAGCGCAGAUUGUGGCCCUGCGGGAGGAGCUUGCAAAAGUGGAGGCCAAGGUGACGGAGCGGGAGUCCAGAAAUGAGGUACUCCUAUCCAAGCUCUCUGCACUGCAGAAGGAAAUGUCAGACAAGGAGAGGGAAAGCAAGCGCGAACUGUCGGUCCUACAGGAUGCUCUACAGAGCAGCCGCGAAGCGGGUGCGCAAUAUGAGAUUGAGCGGGAGAGGCUACAUUACGUGCUUGCAGCAAACGGACAAGAGGGCUCUGUUCCACGCAGCGUGCUAGCGUCUGAUCCGGAUUCGCUCCUGUACAAGAUGUACUGUGGAGAGUGGAACUAUGCACGAGAUGAAAAAGGACGGGCCCUUAUCACGUGUCACCCGGACCGGUGGGCUGCAAUUGUGGAGUACCUAGCAACCGGGGCUGUUCCCGCAGAAAAGGAUGUGCCGUUGCUGGCGCAAGCGCGAUACUGGAAUCUCCGAGGUUUAGUAAAGGGUCUCGAGGCUCUGAUCCCAGGGGUGUGUGUAAAGAGCGAUUCAGACUCCAAGGGAUUCAAAGCACAGUGCAUUUUCGUGUCCGUAAUGGAAAAGCUAGGCAAGCAGGAAUUGAAGUACACUUUUUCAGGGCCUCCGGGGCGGUGGUGGGCAGUGCAAGUGAUGGAUAAGUACGUUGCCUUGCAAGCAACUCUUCCUCCAGAGAGUUAUUCCAAAGUGCAAGACCUGAAAGAAGUGAAAGGUCUGCAUGACGAUGGGCCUGCUUUUAAGUGGUGACGAAGCUCUGAGGGGUUCUCUUAAGCAACAAGUGUACCCCGCUGGUGCGGAGGUGACCAAACGAUUUUCAUGGAAGUCCUGGGGCUACAGCUUACACCAAUUGGUCAGUGAGCCAUUGGCUCGAGCCCAUGACAGCCUCGUAGUUGAAGUAGAAGUUCGUUGUGUGGAGUGACUCCUCUUGUGACCACAUUUCCUGGGCUUUAUCUCAUCACCAUGAUCAUGAUUCGUCACGAUGUUCAGCGUCCGCCGAUUAGCACUCAAACCACUUGCUGAGUAGACAAGGAAAUCUGGUCGGAUCUACUCCUAGGGUCAUAUGCGCAGGAAAUCGUUGAGAUGUAGAUGAUGGCCAUGUAGAGAUAGUCGAGUCAACCUUGCGCAACUCUUUUUGGAACAUUCUUGACAAUUGUCUCAUACCUGUC